AUGUCAGAAACUGAGUUGGAAAAGAUAAAAGUAAGAGCGGCUGAGCACUUUGAAAAUGACAAAAAUAACAUUCCUUGGUUGAAGGAAGAUACGCAACUCACCAACGAAAAGCAUGGAGAAGAGAAACCUAUUAAUGCUAUCAUUAUAAAUUCAGUAUCUGAAUUCAAUAUCACAGAUGGACCAGUCCAGGAAAGCCCCAGUGAGAAAAACCUGUCAGGAUCGAGCACGUCACUGUCCUCCCUUGAAGAAUGCCAAACGAAAUUUCCCUACCUCCAAACUAACGCUUCAGUUCAUCAGAGAGAUGCUGAUGAAGAGUGUGCCUCCCUGAUCCUCACCUGUCUCUUUUGCCAAUUCUUGGACUGCCUCCUCAUGCUCCCUGACACGUGCGAAACCGUGUGCAUCAACCUGUGCUGCCCCUCUCACAGAUACUACUCCGCCUCAGAUGAGAACCAUCCUCGCAAUGACUGCAACCUGACCUGUGACGUGGACUGCAGCCUCUUUGAAUCCUGCCAUGAGACCAGUGAGUGCUUGGAGCUGGCCAUGGAGAUAUCAGAAAUCUGUUACCGCUAG